AUGACGAAUCGGCACUCUUGCACUCCCAGCCUCUCAGAAGCAAACAAAGAGGCUGCUGAUAUCAUCAACAGCGAUAGACAACAGCGGAGAGUUGCAUCUAUUACAUCUACUACUACAACACCAUCUACUACUGCUAGUAGUAGUGGUAAGCAACCAGAAACAGAGGGGAGGAGAGGAAAGACUAGAAGCAGUGCCACUCGCACCACUGAAAGCAGUGUGGAACGCAAGUUGGCGAAAGAGGUGGAAUUCUGGGAUUCAAAUUAUCAAUCUGGCGGUAACAAAGACUUUGAAGUAGCCAAAGCUGAGCUUACCGUGAGUCAGGAACCUUUCGUGAGAACAACAAGGACAAGUCAGAGUAGCCAUUCCAGCAACACUAGUAGUGGAAGACCAUUUACUAGAAGAAGCAGCCUGAGUACUAGCAGUACUGGCAGCAGACGAUUCAAGAUGAGAAAGGUCAAUUCUACUGGUAGUAACGGUAAGGGAGGUGGAAGCAAAGGUAACAAAGAAUCGGGACUCGAAGAAACAAUGACAGGAAAGGCCCAAGUUUUGGGAGCCACAAAUUCUGGUGGUACAUCUACCAGUUCUCCAAGGCCGAGUGGUAUAAAACGUACAGCUACAUCGGGUUCAACCGAAGGCAGGAGAAAUCGUGGCGGAAAUCGAUCGAACCAUUCUCAGUCGACAUCGAGCGCGUUACGACGCGCUGUUACCGAUACAGGAAUGUCCCGCUCCAAACACGAAGUAUCUCCUACCACUAGGUCCAACAACAAGUUGACUUCGCAGUUCAUGAGAAAGGGAGUUCCCACCAAAGGAUUCCCCACUCAUGCCACUGCCAUCUCCACGACUGCUACUAAUACU